AUGGAAGGGCCUCCGGAAAGCCGAAUUCAAACAAAGUCUGGUCCGACUUCUCCGUUCACACGUACAACCUCGCACGCGACACAACAGCGCCCGACAUUGCGACAGCACAACCGGCGGCGAACGGUGCCGUCUACUGAAACAAACGCCGGGAACCCCACCGCAGGCGACUCGCCGAGCCCAGACGCCACUCGGGCGCGCAUGCCCUGUGCCAUGAAGUCCCACGACGCGCUGAACAGUGACGACGUCAAGGAGGCGCAACGGGAGGCGACCCGCGGUGCCGUGAUGGGCGCCGUCAAAUGGGGCAUCGCGUCGGCGGCCCUCGGUGGCGUGGGCUACCAUUUCUGGCCCGUCUACCGAGGCCUGACGGUGCAGUUCAAAGUCUAUCUACAGAUGUCGGGCAUGAUCCUGGGGAGCAUGAUCGAGGCCGACUCGAGGAUGCGCCAGUACGAGACGCGAGUGCGGCUGCAGAGACGCAUCGCCAGGGACCGCGCCAUGUGGGAGACUUUUGAGAAGGAGUACGAGGAAGAGGGCGGCCCGGCUCCGCCCCCCAGGCCGAAGCAUCUGAGACAAGAAGAGCACCAGUGA